GCAAAAGGAGAAUGGUGCACCUUCGCGCGGAUGCGAAUGGGAGGUUAUUCAAUCUCGCACUUACUUUAUUUUAACUUUUUCCACAUCUUACCUUGGAUUUUACUCACACGGUGCCAAACAUAAACUCAUUUUGCCUCGUAUCACAAAUGGCGUGGAGUAUAUCAGAGCGGAGAGCGCGCGAAGGUUUUGUAUGCGUUUACCUACACUUGCUUUUCUUUAUAUUGACUGGGAUACGUCACGCAUCCGCACAGGGAUAUGAGAGUUUGGGAUUAACGUAUGGUUUAAGAUCUGAACUUUCAGAAGACGCCAUUCUCGUUGCAAAUAACGGAAUACGAGUUCCCUUCGGCAGAUCUGUUUAUAUCGAUCCGAUCAACGACUUGGUUGUCCAAGUUCAGCCCGGCGACAAGUGCACCGUAACGGUUCUGGAUAACGAUGCGCUCACACAGAGACCAGGACAGCUGUCCCCGAAAAAGUUUCCUUGUGAUUUUGGUCCCAACGAUGUAAAGUACUCGCAUUUUGGAUCUAGGAGCCCUUCAAAAGACAGGGUGAGACUUCAGCUGAGAUACGAUACACAGACUGACACGGUUAUUAUUCCCUUUAUGAUGGAAGUGGAGGUCAUUUUCACCCAACUUGAGAUUUUGACCAAACACAUGCCUCUGACAGUGGAAAAAUUGCUUGGGAUGAGUAACUCUAUUGAUAGGAGAAUUCUGGAGUUCUCAUAUGAUAGAAAUGCAUACAUGUGUAAAAUUACAUCUCUGACCAGUGGCAGCUUUUUGCCCAGGUAUGGAAAGCUGGUUGAUGACGGUAAGUUAGGGAAGCCUGUGGACUGUGAUGAAUUUGUCAGGAUGAACAUACGCUAUAGGCACACGUUUGCACACCGUUCCCCAAACAGAGAUUAUAUUCCCAUGUAUUUAGAGUUGCAUGACAAAGAAGCGAAUGUACUAAAGCAAGAGUUUUUCCAAGUUGUUGUGAUUAUAAAGGAGGGCGAGGAGAACACAGCCCCAAAACCAAGUUUUAUUGCCAUGAUGAUGAUGGAGGUCGAUCAGUUUGUGAUGACAGCUAUAACCCACGACAUGCUUGCGGCUGAGGAUGUCGAAUCCAAUCCCGAUGAUUUAAUCUUCAACAUCACUUCCCCGCUGUCUUUUGAGGAGGGCUACAUUGUGAGCACAGAUGACAGAAAUUUGCCCAUCACAUCCUUUUAUCAGCGAGACCUAAAGGAUCUUAAAAUAGCCUAUAAGCCUCCCUCUGUGGAUUCAGAUGCCGAGCGAAUUUUCCAAAUUGAGUUUGUGGUUGUAGAUACUGAGGGUGCCAUAUCUGACCCCUUUGCUUUUAUGAUUGUGGUUAAACCCAUGAACACCCUAGCGCCGGUUGUGACCCGUAACACCGGGCAGCUGCUCUAUGAGGGCCAGUCGAGGCCGCUGUCCAGUUCUCAAAACCUGCAAAUUAGCGACGAAGACAACUUGGACCAUGUCCAGAUAACGGUUAUUGAUGGCCUGCGGCAUGGGGAGCUCACAGUACUGGGUACAAGGCGCAAAUACUUCACGCCAGCAGAUCUUGAUGUCGGCAGCGUUAUCUACCAGCAUGAUGGCAGUGACACCUAUAGCGAUAAUAUAAUUUUUAGAAUGACAGAUGGUAAACACGAAGUGGAGUUUUUAUUUCCUAUCACUGUGGUGCCAACUGAUGACGAGCCUCCUAUAAUUAAUGCCAACACAGGUUUAGUUUUGUUCAAAAACCAGAUGAUGCCCAUUUCUCCUUUAACCCUUAGUGCAGCAGAUAUAGAUUCUGAGGAUUCAACUAUUAAAUUUAUAAUUGUGCCUCCCUACUCGACUAUUGGAGAGGUAAUACUUAGGCAGUCGGAUGCACCUGAAGAUCCAUCCACGUGGAGGUUUAACGCAGAAGAUGAAAUGUAUGAAAAAGUAGUGACAGAAUGGUUCCAGCAAGACAUCACAGAAGAGAAACUGUUUUACAGGCAUAUUGGACCGCAUAACACAAAGACCAUCAUGGACCAGUUUAAUUUCAAAGUGCAAGAUGACAAUGACCCCCCAAACCAAUCAGGUGAGAACUUAUUCAUCAUCAAAGUUCUUCCCAUUGAUGAUAUUCCUCCUGAGUUGUACCCGGGGACGACUCUGCAAGUGACUGUUCAUGAAUACCAGCUCACCUAUUUUCGAAAGAAAUUCUUGCGCUACACAGACUUAGACUCAGAAGACAGGGAUUUAAAGUACACCAUUACCAAACCGCCCACAGACACUGAUGAAAACAGCCCUGGCAUUCUGGGAACCAUUGUAUUGACUGAAAGUCCAGGCGUAGAGGUCACAGAAUUCACCCAGGCGCAGAUAAAUCAUCACAAGGUAGCAUACAAACCUCCUGAUCUAGAGCUUGGGAUAACUCCACAUGUGGUGCAGUUUCAUUACAAAGUCGAGGACACAGCAGGAAACAGCGCAGAUGGAGUUUUUACCAUAUUUUUGCAACCUGUUGACAACAAGCCCCCCCAGAUCACCAACACUGGUUUCACCAUACAAGAACGAGGGAUGCACGUCAUCACUCGUGUUGAGUUGCACACAGUGGAUGCAGACACGGACAGCUCACGGAUACUGUUCACGAUUACCCAACUUCCAAAGCAUGGCCAGAUUAAAUACACAUUCACUGAUAUGACUAAAGGGGAUUCAUUCAACCUGGAUGAUAUAUCCAAUGGUAGAAUAUCUUAUGUUCACAAUGGAGAAGAGUCAACCAGCGAUUUCUUUACGCUGGACGUCAGCGAUGGUGUCCAUGUUGUCACCAUCACUGUUAGGAUCAAUGUGAAACCUAUCGAUGAUGAAGCACCAACCAUUAGUCUUCCAGAGGGCACCAUUGGUUCUUAUAUCGAUGUUUUGGAGAACGGAGCAACUGAGAUCACCACCAAUGUUAUUCGGGGUCGGGACGAAGACACGGAUGACCUCAGACUGACCUUUAUAGUGGAAGAUCCCCCGGUGUUUGGUGAAAUAUUAGUGAAUGGUGUGCCGUCCAAUAGAUUCACUCAAGCAGACAUCAUUAGUGGCUGGGUGGUGUACGCACAUACAAGCGGAGAGAUUGGCUUGACAACAAAACACGACUACUUUAAUCUCACUCUUACUGAUAUGUCGGAUGAAUGGACAGUGGGGGGUAAUAAAAUCAAAGGGGUUCAAGUGCAAGUCACCAUUCUUCCAUUGGACGGUCAGGCUCCUGAGGUCUUUGUUGGCCCACAAUUCCGUGUCGUGGAGGGUGAGAAAAACGUUAUUGAGAUCUUGCACAUAAGCGCUAAUGAUAUUGAUACCCCUAUCGAUGACCUUCUUUGCACAAUUAUUGUGCAGCCUACUUCAGGAUAUCUUGAAAAUAUCUCUCCCGCACCAGGCUCGGAGAAAUCUAGAUCGGGGAUUGCCAUUAGUGCUUUCACCAUCAAAGACAUUAGGAAAAAUCAUAUUUAUUAUGUGCAGAGUAUUCAUAAAGGUGUUGAGCCUGUCGAGGACAGGUUUACUUUCAGGUGUUCUGAUGGCAUAAACUUUUCAGAGAGACAUUUUUUCCCCAUAGUGAUAAUCCCAUCAAAUGAUGAAAAGCCAGAGAUCCAUAUGAGAGAGUUUGUGGUGAUGGAAGGGAUGAACAUUGUGAUUGACACUCCAAUAUUAAACGGCGCUGAUGCUGAUAUUCCGGCGGAUGAACUCACAUUUAUUAUUUCAAAGCCUCCGAAACACGGAUAUAUUUUUAAUCAGCUCACCUCAGGCACCGUUCCUGUGACAAACUUCACCCUGGAUCAGAUACGAGAGGCUUCGAGUAUUGUGUACGAGCAUGAUGAUUCAGAAACCACAGAGGACAGUUUUGAAGUUAUUCUCACUGAUGGGAAAUUCACAGUGCAGAGAACCGUCAUGGUUAUGGUAAUUUUAGUCGAUGAUGAAACUCCAAGAAUGGCAAUUAAUGAUGGCCUUGAAAUCGAGAUAGGAGAUGUAAAAAUUAUCAACAACAAAGUUUUAAAAGCCACUGAUCUGGAUACAGAAGACAGCACUUUAACUUAUAUUAUCCGUUAUGGUCCAAAUCAAGGACUUUUACAAAAGAGAACUCCGUCCGGACUGAUAGUAAACAUAACUAUUGGCAUGAACUUCACGCAAAAUGAGAUUGACGAAGAUAUGAUCAUGUACAUUCACAAUGGACAAGAAGGAGUUCGUGAUCUGAUCAAAUUUGAUGUUACUGACGGCAUAAACCCUUUGAUUGACAGGUACUUCUAUGUAACUGUUGGAGGUAUAGACAUGGUAUUUCCAGAUGUGAUCAGUAAAGGUGUUUCUCUUAAAGAAGGAGGCCGGGUGACCCUGACCACAGAUCUGCUCAGCACCAGCGAUCACAACAGUCCUGACGAACACUUGGUCUUUACUAUAACGCGCGCCCCUGUGAGAGGUCACCUUGAAUGUACUGAUACUCCUAGUAUGCCCAUAAGCUCUUUCACUCAGUUGCAACUAGCCGGUAAUAAAAUUUAUUACAUCCACACUGCCGAUGACGAAGUGAAGAUGGAUAGUUUUGAGUUUGAGGUGACGGAUGGUUACAACCCUGUGUUCCGCACCUUUCGUGUUUCCAUUACAGACGUGGAUAACAAAAAGCCAGUGGUCACCAUUCACGGGCUGGUGGUCAGUGAAGGUGAAAAGAAGUUAAUCACUCCUUUUGAGCUGACGGUGGAGGACCGUGAUACCGUCGACCAGCUUUUAAAGUUUACAAUCACCCAGUUGCCCGUCCACGGCAAGUUGCUGUUUAACAACACCCGACCUGUCAAUUCCUUCACCAAGCAAGAUCUGAAUGAAAACAUGAUCAGUUACAAACAUGAUGGGACGGAGUCUGCCUCCGACAGCUUUUCAUUUACUGUAACUGAUGGAACUCAUACAGACUUUUAUGUUUUCCCGGACACAAUUUAUUCCACUCGCAAGCCACAGGUGAUGAAAAUCACAGUUGUUUCAGUGGACAAUGGGGUCCCACAGGUUGUAACCAAUAAGGGUGGUACGACAUUAAAAAUUCUCCCGACUGGUCACCUAGGGUUCCUUAUUACCAGUAAAGCAUUAAAGGCAGAAGACAGAGACAGCUUUCAUAGAGCUGUGACUUUUAAAAUUACCAUUGGAGCUGAACAUGGCUACCUUAUUGACAUGGGAAAAGGCAAUGCCACCAUCACCACAUUUACCCAAGCUGACAUCGAUGACAUGCACAUAUGUUACGUGCUUCGAGACGGAGACAAUGCCACGAGCGACACAUUCUACUUUUCCAUUGAAGACAACGGGGGCAACAGGCUAAAGAACCAACAGUUUCGGCUAAACUGGGCUUGGAUCUCCUUGGAAAAAGAGUACUAUCGGGUGGAGGAAGAGGCCAAGUUUCUGGAGGUGGUUUUAAGAAGAAGGGGCUACCUUGGCGAGACUUCGUUUGUUGGUAUAGGCACCAAAGAUGGCACAGCUGAAAAGGACAAAGAUUUCAGAGGGAAGGCCCAGAAGCAAGUCCAAUUUAACCCUGGCCAGACCACUGCCACCUGGAAGGUGCGCAUCCUGUCGGAUAGCCUGUUCGAGCAGUCCGAGACCUUUCAGGUUGUUCUGUCAGAACCUGUCAUGGGUGCUCUGGAGUUCCCAGAGGCAGCGACAGUGGAAAUCGUCGACCCUGAGGACGAAUCCACAGUGUUCAUCCCUUCGGCUACGUACUCUAUUGAAGAGGAUAUUGGAGAACUUCUGAUUCCUGUGCAAAGAUCUGGAGAUGUCAGUCAGGAACUCAUGGUCAUCUGCUUUACACAACAAGGCACAGCCAAAGGCACGGUUCCCACCACAGUGUUGUCCUUUUCUGACUACAUUUCCCGACCAGAGGAACACCACAGCGUGCUGCGGUUCGAUAAAGACGAGAAAGAGAAACCCUGCCGUGUGGUCGUCAUCGAUGACUCACUCUAUGAGCCAGAGGAAAGCUUUAAUGUGACCCUCAGCAUGCCAAUGGGCGGCCAACUGGGACAGGAGUUUUCGACCACAAGAGUCACCAUCUUAGCCGAUACAGACGAUGCACCAGUGUUCUACUUCGGAGACAUGGAGCACCACGUAGAUGAGAGCGAUGGUUACGUCGAAGUUCGAGUUUGGAGAACAGGAAGUGACCUCUCAAAACCCGGAACGGUCACAGUGCGCUCUCGGAAAACCGACCCUGUUUCAGCUGAAGCUGGUGUGGACUAUGUUGGGAUUAGUAAGAACCUGGACUUUGCCCCUGGCGUCAACAUGCAGACGUUCAGGGUUACAAUCCUGGAUGACCUGGGACAACCGGUGCUGGAGGGGCCAGAGAAGUUUGAGCUGCUCCUACAUAUGCCCAUGAACGGCAUAUUGGGAGAACCAGGAAAAGCCACUGUCUACAUCAAUGACUCUGUUUCAGAUUUGCCCAGGGUGCAAUUUCGAGAUCCGACAUACACGGGUAAUGAGAACGAUGGGGAGAUAUCUGCUAUUGUGUACCGCAGCGGAGAUCUGAGCUACAAGUCCAGCGUGCGCUGCUAUAGUCGUCAGGGCUCGGCUCAAGUCAUGAUGGACUUCAAUGAGAGGCCAAACACAGACUUCUCAAUCAUCACCUUCUUACCAGGAGAGGUGGAGAAGCCCUGUGUUCUCAUCCUUGUGGAUGACACUGAACACGAGGAAGAUGAAGAACUGAGACUGGUGCUGGGAAGCCCCAAGAGUGAAUCUCCAUUUGGUGCAUCCAUAGGGACUCAAAAUGAGACGCUCAUUACGAUUAAGGAUGCCGCUGACAAGGCCAUUAUCAAAUUUGGGGCAACCAAGUUCAGUGUCAGUGAGCCCAGUGAGUCAGGUCAGGUGACCGUGGUGAAGAUCCCAGUGCAGAGAGUUGGAGACACAUCCAAAGUCUCUGUUGUCCGGGUCCACACUAAGGAUGGAUCAGCUUCUUCUGGACAAGAUUACCACCCUGUCUCAGAAGAUGUCGAGUUUAAAGAGGGAGAAACCGAACACAUAGUGGAGGUGGAAAUUUUAUACGAUGGCGUGCGAGAGAUGAGAGAGGCCUUUACAGUCCAUCUGAAACCUGAUGAGAACAUGGUAGCAGAGAUUCAGGUGACAAAAGCCAUCAUCUACAUAGAGGAGACAAACAGUAUGGCAGAUGUGACAUUCCCAUCAGUGCCAGUGGUGGUCUCACUAUUGCACUAUGAUGAUACAACCAGAACUAGAAAUACACAGCCGGCCGCUGGAUAUCCUGUAGUCUGUGUUACGUCGUGCAACCCAAAGUACCCUGACUUUGACCGGACGGGCUCCAUCUGUGCCGCCGAGCACAUUAACAACACGCUGACCCGAUACCGCUGGAUGGUCAGCGCCCCCACGGGACCAGACGGAGUGACCAGCCCCAUGAAGGAGGUGGAUUUUGACACCUUCUUCAGCUCCUCCAAAAUGAUCACUUUGGACUCUGUGUAUUUCCAGGCCGGCUCGCGGGUGCAGUGCGCGGCCCGGGCUGUGAACUCCAAUGGAGAUGAAGGUCUGGAGCUCAUCAGCCCUAUAGUCUCCAUCAGCAUAGAGGAGGGUAUGUGUCAGCCUCGGGUUGUUGGCACAGUUGGAGCUGAACCGUUCUCCGCCAAGCUGCGCUACACUGGGGCAGAAGAUCCAGAUCACCCAAAUCUCAUUAAACUCACUGUCACCAUGCCCCAUAUAGAUGGUAUGUUACCAGUGGUCUCCACUCGGCCCCUGUCCAACUUCGAGCUGACCUUGAGUCCAGACGGCACACGCGUGGGCAACCACCGCUGCUCCAACCUGCUUGACUACACAGAGGUGCGAACACGUUACGGUUUCAUCACAAAUGCCACCCGCAAUCCAGAGGCCAUCGGUGGAACUGCACCUUACCAAUACAGCGCAGCCCUCAGGGGUCAGAGCACCCUACGAUUUUACCGAAACUUGCACUUGGAGGCCUGCUUAUGGGAGUUUGUCAGCUACUUCGACAUGUCCGAGCUGCUCAGUGAUUGUGGAGGAACUAUUGGGACUGAUGGACAGGUUCUGAACCUAGUGCAGUCUUAUGUCACUCUGCGUGUGCCGCUGCACGUGUCAUACGUGUUUCAUUCGCCCGUUGGCGCAGGCGGUUGGCAGCACUUUGACCUGCAGUCUGAGCUGCGUCUCACUUUUGUGUAUGACACGGCCAUAUUGUGGAGGGAUGGCAUUGGGAGUCCCCCAGAGGCCGAAUUACAAGGCAAGACACAGAUUGCCUUAUUUAUAUUAUCUUAUUAA